GGCAGCUGUAGACACUCGCUAACCAUCAUCCAUUUCCAGUUCAAUCCGCCUCAUGCUCGAGUACUGUUGCUCUCGCGGAUCUUGGUCGGUUUCUGGAGUACAUUUUCUCGGUUGAACUGAAAUGUGUGUUUAUUUUAUCAAUCCAUGGAAUUUGGAGAUGGGAUACGCUUGUUUGGAUUUUCUGAUUCUGUCCAAAGAUAGCAAAAGGUGGAGUUUGAGUAAAGUGGGAGAUUGUUUUAUUGCCUAUUGCGUUAUUUGCUGAGAAAGUUUGGAUCCUAAGCAAUUUUUUAAUAGCAGAAGCUCCAACUCAACAUUGAUUUCUGUGAAUCAUAGUAGAAGACAAAGACCUAUUGGAGCUAUUCUUAGAGAGUUUAAUGGGCUCAAGAUUCCCAUCACAUCAGCUCAGCAAUGGCUUGUAUGUUUCAGGCAGGCCUGAGCAGCCAAAGGAGAAGCCUCCAAUAAUGAGCUCAGUUGCCAUGCCAUACACUGGUGGAGAUAUCAAGAAAUCUGGUGAACUUGGUAAAAUGUUUGAUCUUCACACUGAGAAAUCCAGAAAAUCUGGACCUCUCACCAGUGCUUCCUUCAGAGGCACAUCUUCUCACUCAGGACCUGUCAUGCCUAAUGCCUCUGGUCGAACCGGCUAUUCUGGUUCUCUAUCUUCCUCAAUUCCUGGUUCUGGUUCUUCAGUAAGCAGGCAGGUGUCUAACUCUGGACCACUAAAGCAUGGGGAUUCAGUUAAAAAGACAUCUGGUCCGCAAUCCAUAGUAAACGGAAUGAAUCGCCAGAAUUCUGGCCCCCUCCCACCAGUGCUACCAACGACCGGUUUGAUCACGUCUGAGCCUAUUACUUCUGGACCACUUAACUCAAAUGGUGCUCCUCGUAAAGUAUCUGGUCCACUCGACUCAUCUGGAUCAAUGAAGCUACAUAAAAACAGCAUUGCACGCAAUCAAGCCAUCACUAAUCUUAGUGAGGAUGGCAAUUAUCCACUCAAGGGGAGUUUACCAAAGGCACUCUUGUGGUCUGUAGUUUUGUUGUUUGUGAUGGGGUUUAUGGCAGGAGGCUUCAUUCUUGGUGCUGUCCACAAUGCUGUCCUUCUUAUUGUUGUUGUGGCUACUUCUACAGCAGUCGCCGCAUUUUUCAUUUGGAAUGCUUUCUAUGGCAAGCGAGCAGUUAUAAGAUUCAUUGCGCAAUACCCAGAUGCCGAGCUGCAAAGCGCAAAAGAUGGACAAUAUGUUAAGGUCACUGGGGUUGUAACGUGUGGCAAUCUUCCCCUUGAGUCUUCAUAUUGUAAAGUUCCUAGAUGUGUCUAUACAUCCACUUCUCUAUAUGAGUAUAGGGAUUGGGAUUCCAAAGCUGCCAAUCCCAUGCAUCGCCGUUUUACAUGGGGAUUAAGAUCAAUGGAGAGGCAUGUGGUUGACUUCUAUAUCUCCGACUUCCAGUCGGGCUUAAGAGCUUUGGUCAAAGCUGGCUGCGGUGCUCAGGUGACCGCAUAUGUGGAUGAGUCUGUCAUGGCCGACAUAAACACAAAAAACCAGGACUUGGCUCCUGAUUUUCUCAAAUGGUUGCGCAAGAGGAAUCUUUCAAGUGAUGAUCGUGCGAUGCGUCUAAAAGAAGGCUACAUAAAAGAAGGCAGCACUAUCAGCGUCAUGGGGAUUGUCCAAAGGAACGAUAACGUAUUAAUGAUAGUACCGCCUCCAGAGCCCUUUUCGACUGGAUACCAAUGGUCGAAGUGCAUUCUUCCAGUAAAUCUCGAAGGUUUAAUACUGAGAUGUGAGGAUUCUUCAAAAGUCGAUGUCAUACCAGUAUAGAGCAUAUAUAUAUAUAUAUAUAUAUAUAUAUAUAUAUAUAUAUAUAUAGCCGUUCAACAGUAAAAAUAUCUUAUUUUAGAUGUUUAAUUCGAGAGUCAAUGAAUCUAUUGUCAUUAGCUAUGUUUGAGAUCAAGUGAUCAUCCUACAAGGAAAUGUUUCUUCUUUGGUUGGGCAAGUUGUUGUGACUUCAGCUUAUUCGAUAUUUGGGCGAGUAUAUAUACUCAGUACAAAGUUUAGUUUA